AUGGAGAUGAUAGGAACCUUCCUCCUUUUGUCUCUCCGGCCAAUACUCUCUUUCUCAGCCCCAGUCCAAGAAAUUUGCUGGUCUAGACGUUUACUAGUUAAUAAAAGUUCAAGCGAAAGCAUAAAUGGGCAAUUUCUAAUACCCCAUAACAUUGAAAGAGCAAAGCUUGGACUCCCUCCUCUCAAAUGGAGCAACAAGAUUGCGAAAUUUGCGUCGACUUGGCCGCGCAAAAGAGGGAAAGACUGCGCUUUCAUCCAUUCCAAUAGUCAUUACGGUGAAAAUCUGUUUUGGGGAAGCAGAAAGGACCGGAAACCGGGCGACACGGUGGCCGCAUGGGCAGCGGAGAAAUGUUACUAUAAUCAUAUGACAAAUACUUGUACUGAAAAUAAAGAUUGCUUGCAUUAUACUCAGAUGGUUUGGAAGCAAAGCUUGGAGCUUGGUUGUGCAAGGGUUAUAUGUGCAAGUGGAGACACUUUUUUUACUUGUAAUUAUCACCCUCACGGUAAUGUCAUUGGAGAAAAGCCCUUUUGA